GGAGGCUUCGAAAUUACAUAACUGGAAUAACCUAAAAUAAGUUGUAAUUUUUGUAGGAUGUCGUGAAUGUUGUUAAUUAAAACAUGUCUUAUUUAUUAAGGAGUAUUAGUAGUUCGUGUGUGAACAUUUUCAAGAGUAGACCUGUGAUAUUUUCUAGGGGUUUCACCAAAACCGAGCCGGUGAAAUGCAAGUCUUAUAUGGAUGUGAAGACGAAUGUGGCCAAGGAUGUGAUACUGUUCAAAUACGAGAAUCCCAGAUUUUUCAAAGUCCUCAAUCUAUUCGGUGCUUCACAGUUCGUGUUUUGGGGCUACUUGUCCAUAUUUGCAUACACGAACUUGAAAGAUGCACCGGUACCAGUUGAAGAAAAUGCAGAUUGGUGGAGGAAGAUCAAUCUGGGCGAGAACAAGUAUAAAAAUACAAUAGCUGCUCUAUCAUUUUUCAUAGGCUAUGGCAUUCUUGUUAUCACAUGGAUGUACACUCUGAGAUCGGUCAGAUAUUUGGUGCUUCGAAAAGGAGGAAAGGACAUCUCUUUUGUGACUUACACUCCGAUGGGAAACAAUAAGAUAUUGACAGUCGGUUUGGAUCAAGUGAGCUGCAAACAGAUGAGGGCUGCUGCUCCUGUACAGUUGCCACUUAAAAUUAAGAACCAUUAUUUGCAUUACAUUCUCGAUAUGAAAGGCGAAUUCAAGAAUCCUACAUUGUUUGAUCACACGGCCGGAUUGAAACGAAAUUGGUUGAAAUGAUUUUGUAUAAAUAUUCGAACUUAUUAAAUAUU